UCAUCAAAAGAUUCAAACCAGAAACUUUAAAAUAGGAAGUGACGAAAUCCAUUGGGUUGGGUUUGCGCACUCUGGAAAAUCCCACCUUUUUGUUCUUCAAAUAAAGUUGAGACUGCAUGUAGAUUGAAGAGUGGUAGCAUCUGUCGAGAAAAAGCAGCAUAUCCUGGCGAAGCAGCCCUUGACAACACUCUUAAUUAAACUACCUCUGACAAUGGGAAAGAUCGAGUGGGCUAUGUGGGCCAAUGAGCAAGCCCUUGCCGCUGGAUUUAUUUACCUAACUGGGGGCAUCGUAGGGGUGGCUGGCCAGUUCAGCGGCUGGAAGUUCGCUGCGUUUGGAAUAGCUGCAGGUGUGUUUGUGUGUUUGCUUGAGUACCCACGGAGUAAGAGGAUCAAAGGUACUAAUUUUGAGAGAACGGGACAAUACUGCUUCACAGUAUGUGUAAAGGCAUUUGGGCCCCUGACUAGAAAUUACUACGUAAGAGCGUUCUUGCAUGCUGUGCUCUGUAUCCCAGGAGGAUUUAUGCUUGCCACAGUUUUAGGCUGUGUUUGCCUUGGAAUAGCCAGUCUCAUCUACCUUUCAGCAGCCAUUCACGGAGAGCACUGGGAACCCAUCCUUCCUGAGGCAGAGCCCACAAAACAUGUGUCUCAGAGCAUCAAGCAGCCUCCCCAAAACCCACCUCCACGCCCACCCGCAGACAUGCGCAGGAAGAGACUGGAUGACCUUGAGGCUGCAGCGUACGUAAACCCCAUACCUGUCCGUGAAUAAUGAUCAGCCAUGUUUCUUCAUCAUGAGGACUUUGAGGCAACUUUUGGAGGACUGUUUACCAACUGUGCAAAGGUGGAAAAUUUGCACCUGCACAUAAUUGCAGAAUUAUUCUAUUUUUAUUCUGGAUUCAUAGGAAACAAUUUUUAAAGCUUAUUAAUAAGUUUUUGUUAUUAUAUUUGGGAUUUCUUCUGCAAGAAAAAGGGGUCAUUGAGAAUUCCACUUGUAGCUUUGCACUCUUUAAAUCUUUUGUAUCUUGUAUAUUCAACCAUGUCCAGUAAUGAAUGUCACUGGUAAAUGUGUUUGUGAAAUGAAGUCAAAACUACUUUGUCAAUACCUGUCAGCUUUAUUUUGUACAGCUUACCCACAUGUAAUUAGUCCAUGUAUUUGUAGUGUCAGCUAUUUUUAUUGAGAGCAUUUAACUCACACAUUCUGACAGAAACUGGUUGCGUACAAUAUGUAAAUUAUUACAGAAAACAGAUGUAUAUGUAUCCUUUUAUGCAUUGACCAAAGGCCACCUUUAUGAAUGUUCUAACAAACAUAUCAGGAUGGAUGUUUGCAUAACACUCACUGUGUUUUAGAUUUAUUUUAACAACAAUGUCUACAGUGACAAUGUCUGCAGUGACUAUUUACCUCACAAUAUCAUUUUCUAUGCUUUUAUGCCAAGAAUAAACUCAGGACAUAUAA